UUGGUAAAACUCUAUACGAAGUUGGUGCUUUCCAGAAUGAGACUCCAGGAGGAGGUACAGACUCUGACCCCUUUAGGAGGGGCUGAGAGGAGAGGAGAGGCUGAGCUGGGAGUUGUAAAGAACAACGUGGGAGAAGAGGAGGACGACAACAAAAGACGAGAGGCGAAUCAGAGGGAGGAACGUCGAGAAAGCCCGGGGCAGAGGAGGAGUGCAGUUGGAAAGCCCAACAGGUGGCUUUACCUGAGCAGCACAGGGAAUGGGGGGUGGAGGAAAGGGGAAGUACUAGGAAUGAGGACGGACCGGUUACCACCUUUGCUCCAGGACAGCUGUGUGCAACAAGAGUCUGCGGAAGACUUCAACUUGGCUAGGGAAGACAAAGCAUGGAUCGAAGAACUCCGUGCUGAUGUUUGCCACAUUCCCAUAAAGGAACUAAAUUGUAAUGCUGUUUUUGUGGAAAAUGCAACAGAACCUCAUGUGGUGGUCUUGCGAAGGCCUGCACAUGGGCUUCGGCUCCUGGGCAGCAGAAGAGUGCUGAGCAUGUUCGUCUUCCCGGACGACAACAGGAGACACCAAACCACAGCGACCGAACACCAAGACAGCGCUACAAGACCUCGCAGUGAUUGUAUGUUGGCAGCUACCAAAUCAAACAACGAUCUUCUGCCUACCUCGACCCCAAGUAAGCAAGGUUGCCCGGAUGUGGUCCAGCGGUGUAGGAUAAGACAUGCAGAGCUUCGUGCGAUAAACGGUCUAAAACCCGACAUGCCGCCUUCUGUUAACCUGUUUCCUCAUCCACUAGAAGAACCACCAAUACGUCGGACUUUGAAAAGCAAGAACAAACCACGGCCCGUUAGCAUGACUGUUCUUGAGCUCAAUAAAGAGCGUAGUGGAUCCCGGCAUGAGCUCGCAAGCCAUGCUUCCACUGGCACCGGUAGUUUGCCUCGUCCAGGCUUCCGAUGGAGAUGGUUUGGUCGUCAGGCAACUGGAAAGGAAGUGGUGGUGAAACAAACAAAGCUAAAGGAACCCAACAAGACUGAAGAACCGAAGACAACAUUUGGAUCACUCCGGAGGAGCUUGAGUCUAAGGAUGAGACGGAAUCGGAAUCAACCCGAGCAGGAGAACCGAACUGAACGGAGACGCACUUCAAGUAUCGGAGAACAAUCUAUGCAAACCACUCGCCCGUUUUCCUACCUCACCGGCAGGAUGUUAACGCCAGCUCGAGAGCAAGAUGAGGAUCAAGGGGCCACGCAGUACAUACAGUACCAAACUCAGGGCAAGGUGGCAGUCUUGGAGGUCCCUCUCCAUCCUGCCAAACUAACAAAGCCCACCAAACAAUUGCAACCAGAGACUAGUUUUUGGCAGCUAAUAGCUAGUCGUUUUAAGAGAAAAGACCCGUUGUCCAGCGACAAAUCUGAGCUGUGCACUGAAAGCCAAGCAGUUGGCAGCCACCCCCCUGUGAGAAAUAAAAAGCCAGAUUCUGUUGCUAUAGAGACUCUAACUGGCAUUGGUUUGCGCAGAGGUCAAGAUUCCUUCGUUAACAGUCAGGAAUGGACAUUGAGUCGAUCAGUACCAGAGCUCAAAGUGGGCAUUGUGGGAAACCUGUCCAGUGGGAAGUCGGCGUUAGUUCAUCGGUAUCUGACAGGAACAUAUGUCCAGGAGGAGUCGCCUGAGGGAGGGAGGUUUAAAAAGGAGAUUGUGGUGGAUGGACAGAGUUAUCUCUUGCUGAUCAGGGAUGAAGGUGGCCCGCCAGAACUGCAGUUUAUCUUGAUGUACUCGGUGGUGUUCGUCUUCAGCUUGGAGGAUGAGAUCAGCUUCCAGACAGUUUAUAACUACUUCCUGCGCCUUUCCAGCUACAGGAACACAGCAGAGGUUCCCAUGGUGCUGGUGGGGACGCAGGAUGCCAUCAGCGCUGCCAACCCAAGAGUGAUCGAUGACGCCCGGGCUCGAAAACUGUCCAACGACCUGAAACGCUCCACAUAUUACGAAACCUGCUCCACCUAUGGUCUUAACGUCGAGAGAGUCUUUCAAGAUGUUGCUCAGAAAGUGGUGGCGCUGAGGAAAAAGCAGCAGCUUUCGACUGGUCCGUGUAAAUCUCUGCCCAACUCUCCCAGCCACUCGUCAGUUCCGUCCGCGUCCAUUCCCUCUGUACACAUCAAUCAGGCUGCUAAUGGAGGAGGUGCGUUCAGCGAUUACUCGUCCUCCGUUCCCUCCACCCCCAGCAUAAGCCAGAGGGAGAUGCGCAUCGAGACGGUUGCCGCCUCCAACACUCCCACGCCCAUCCGCAAGCAGUCCAAACGGCGCUCCAACAUCUUCACAUCACGGAAAGCCAGUGAUCAGACAAAGAGCAUUGAGAGUAAAACUGACAGUAUAGGGAGUGGAAGGGCCAUACCCAUCAAACAGCACUGUGGGGUGUGAUUUCACCGA